AUGUCGAGUUUCACUAACACACUAUCGGCUUUCAAACCAGUUAAGCCUCAUUACUUCGAAGUCAUCGACUUCAAAACUCAAAACAUCUUUGCUGAUGUAGUUUUGAAUUCCCCGUCCCCCAUCGAAAACAUCAAAAUUAAAUCCCCUUGCCCAGCUACAGUCGUCAUCAAAGAACGGAAAACAAAGAAGUACUGGACAAAUGAACAAAAGAAAAUCGCUGUGGAAAAAGCAAGAGUUCUUGGGCUGUCUAAGGCAACUAAAUUUUUACAAUUGAACUACCCAACCGCUUUUGCUGACUUAUCGCCAAGCACUUUACAAUACUGGAUUCAUAAAAGCAAAGUGGCUACAAGUACACUAUAG